CUCUGAACUCAGGAAAGUGAAACUAACCUAGUUUCAUUGCUGGGAGGGAGCCAUGGCUGCAGAGAACCCCAUGGAAAGUCUCCAGGAAGAAGUGACUUAUCCCAUCUGUCUGGAGUAUCUCACAGAACCUGUCACUCUGGAGUGUGGGGACAAUUUCUGCCGAGCCUGUGUCACCCAGUGCUGGCAGGGAUCAGAUACAGACUUCUCCUGCCCUCAGUGCAGAGAAACUGUGCAACAGAGAAACCUUAAGCUGAACAGGCUGCUGGCAAAUGUCCUAGAAAUAGUCAAACAGCUGAAUUUACACAAAGCAAAAGGAGCGGGAGGGGAUGGUGUGUGUGGGGAACACCAGAAGCCUCUCAAACUGUUCUGUGAAGAAGAUCAAACCCCCAUCUGUGUGUUGUGUGACAGAUCACAGGCUCACAGAGCUCACACUGUGGUUCUCAUAGAGGAGGCUGCCCAGGAGUACAAGAAGAAAAUUCAGACCCAUUUGAAGACUCUGAGGAAAGAGAGAGAAAAGCUCCUGAGACUGAAUGUGAUUGUAAAGAAUAGAAUCCAGGAAUAUCUGAAACAAACACAAACCAAGAGGCAUAAGAUUGUGUCUGAAUUUCAGCAACUGCGGCAGUUCCUGGAGGAACAAGAGCGACUCCUGCUGGCCCAGCUAGAAAAGCUGGACAAGAAGGUUGUAAAGAUACAGAAUGAAAGUACCACCAAAUGCUCUGAGGAGAUUUCCCGUCUCAGUGAGCUGAUUAGUGAGAUGGAGGGGAAGUGUCAGAAGCCAGGGAGUGAAUUCCUACAGGAUGUCAGAAGCACCUUGAGCAGGUACUGCAGCUCCUUCUCACUUCCCUUCACACUUCACAAUGCUGGGAAAGUGCUUGGAGACCAUGUUAAAACCUCAUCUUCGCAGGGCUCCACAGCAAAAUGUGUGGGGUGUGAGAAGGGGAAGUUCCAGCAGCCGGCAGAGAUUUCUCUUGAACUGGAAAAAAGCCUGAGUGAUUUCGCCCAGAAAACUAUUGCUCUAAUGGAGACGCUGAGGAAGGUCAAAGACAUUCUGCCAGUUGAACUGGAGGGAAAAAAAGAGAAUACUCUAGGAUCGCACAGACAGGUGAAUGUGACGCUGGAUCCAGACACGGCUCAUCCUGAACUCCUCCUCUCUGAGGGUCAGAAAAGUGUCAGAUGGGGAGACAAAUGGCACAGACUGCCCAACAAUCCCAAGAGAUUUGAUACCCUGGAGUGCGUGCUGGGCUGUGAGGGAUUCACAUCUGGGAGAUACUACUGGGAGGUGGAAGUGGGAGGUGAAAUAAUCUGGGCUGUGGGGGUUGCCAGAGAGUCUGUGAGGAGGAAGGGAUUGAUCUGCUUUAACCCUGAGUGGGGGAUCUGGGCUGUGGCGCAGUGGUGGGGUGAGUUCCAGGCUCUCACCUCCCCUAAAACCCCUCUGCCCCUGAGCUGGGUCCCCAGGAGGAUCCGGGUUUGUCUGGACUAUGAACAGGGGCUGGUGACAUUUCUGGAUGCUGAUAAUGAUGCCCCAAUCUUCACUUUCCCACCAGCUUCCUUCAGUGGGGAGAGAAUCCACCCCUGGCUUUGGGUUCAGAGUGAACAAUCACAGCUCAGACUGUGUCCCUGACACUUGGGGAAAACAUCCCCUCUAAGGACCCUGAAAUCAACCUCUCUAGCCUCAGACACCCUAAUCUCUAUGAUCCUGGAGAACUCUUGUCUUCCUGAAAACCUUCUACGAUACAAUCAGUUUGUAUGACCCAUAAGGCUUGAUGGGGCCUCUGAAUUGUUAAACUAUAAAGACCAAGGUGCUACUGAAAUGGAGAAACCAACCACAUUGCUCCAAGAAUUGUGCAGCCUGUUUGUCACUGGCCUGUGUGAUCCUUGAGGAGUGUAGCUGAUUGUAGGGGUCAGAGACUGCCAGAUAGGAGAAUGAAAGUGAAAGGAAGUGACAAGGAGAGACAUGAGCCAGAGUGACAGACAGGCUGGGAAUGCUACUGAACAUGAUGGUGUCAUUCAUUACGUAAUCCAUCUAUUUAAUUCACUGGUCCAUGAAAAGUGUAGCCAUUUUAAUGCAUUGAAAAAGUGAUUUCUGCAAAUUUUGCACUUUUUCUCUGUUCUGACCUUACAUAAUCACUCCCUAAGUGAUUGAAGCCCUCAUUUUUUUUGUAAACUGAACAUUUUAAAUAAAUAUAAAGUUUUUUUCUGC